AUGGGUGUUCACUUGGUGUUUCACUUCAUCCUGCUGCUAUGGCUAAUACAAGCAGCAGCAUCCCAAGAGACAGACAAGUCCACUUGUACAGAAGUAUGUGGGAAUGUUACAAUUACAUCCCUCUUUAGAAUAAACGACGGUCGCUAUACAAACUCGUGGUUUAGAGUAACUUGCAACAAAACAACUGAUGGACAAAAGCCUUUCAUCAGUGGGAUCAAUUUGGAGUUGCUCGGUUUGUUCUCACCAGGCAGCGAGAUAGUCGUCAAUAAUCCAGUAACUUACGUAAAUUGUGGCAAUAAAGAUAAUAAUAGCAUUGCUCGUGCUAGUACUGGCAACUUGACCGACACUCCAUUUCUCUUCUCAGUAAAUACUAUUAGGCCAAAAAGCCUUAAUCUAAUUACAUCAACAGAAACAUUGUUAGCUAGAGCAAUAGUAGGUAAUAAUGAUGCUAACUUCUUAAAGGUUGUUUCGAGUGUAAUAAUUGACAAAUACAUAGGAGAAAGUGCAAGGUUGAUACGAGAAAUGUUUGGAUAUGCACGUGAUCACCCACUUUGCAUAAUCUUUAUGGGUGAGAUUGAUGCCAUUGGUGGAUGUCGUUUCAGUGAAGGAACAAGUGCUAAUCGUGAAAUACAGAGAACACUGAUGGAGUUACUUAAUCAUCUUGAUUGA